AAAUUCCCUUUUGCAUGGAAGCAAGCAGCCCACAGCCCUCUGUCCCUCUCCUCUGCCCAUCGCCUCCAUCCGAUUCUCUUCUCUAAAUCACUUCCCUCACUCAUCUCUCCCUCUAUUUAGAGCUCCCUCUUUCUAUCUCUAACUCUCCUUCUCUCUCUCUCUCUCUCCCUCUCUCUCUCUCUCUAAACUACUAGAAAAAAAGGGGGAAUGAUUCUGUUGAUAUGAGUCGUCCCUGAAUUCCACGCGGUUUCUCUACUCAUAUUCACCUUUGAUUCUUCACUAACAAUUUCUCAGGAAGAAUCCCAUUCCUUAAUUGUUGAAUUAGUGGGAUAUCGAUACAUCCAGAGUAGCUAAAAUGGGGGUCACAAGUUCUAAAAUAGAAGAAGAUAAGGCUUUGCAGCUUUGUCGUGAAAGAAAGAAAUUUGUAAGGCAGGCACUUGAUGGCAGGUGCUCACUUGCUGCAGCUCAUGUUACAUAUAUCCAGUCACUGAAAAAUACAGGAACUGCUCUAAGGAAGUUUAUUGAAUCUGAAGCUCCAACUGAAUCUUCAUUGUACACUUCCACUAAUGCAACGCCAGAGCCUUUUGCUUUAGUAGAGAAGUCCCUUUCACAUUUCUCAACCUCUUCUCCACCUUUAUCACACCCUGUGGAUGCAAACCUUUCUCCAUCACCGUCUCCUCCCAGCUCCAGUCGGUUUCAGGCAAAUCACAUGAAAUUUAGAGGGUUUUCUUCCAAAAAAGUUGAAGAGAAACCUCCUGUAGCUGUUACAGGGACAGUAACCUCAUCUAGUACCCCACAGAAUAUUACACCUCUUUCCACUGAAAAACCUGAAACAUCACCAUUUGAAGCUUCUUCAGUCCCACCAGGAACUCCGCCAUGGGAUUACUUUGGACUUUUUCAUCCAGAUGACCAUCAGUUUUCUUUUCAAGAAGUGAAAGAAGAGAAGCCAGGGUUGGAGAAUGUUGAUGAUUUAAGACGGCUUAGGGAAGAGGAGGGAAUUCCUGAGUUGGAAGAUGAAGAAGAGAAACAUUCAUUUCAUGCAAGUGAAGAAUCUGAAGAUUCAGAACAUGACUUUGAUGACCCUCCUGCAGAUACUUUGGUUCGAAGUUUUGAAAAUCUUAAUAGGGUACAAGAUCAUGUUGCACCUAGUGCGUCACCUGCUAUGCCUUCUACUGUAAGUGCAGCUUCCGAGACUGAGUUAUUUAAUGGGGAGAAAAGUAACUCUCCUGAUUUGUCACCGUUGAGAACUCAAUCCUCAGCCCUGGCUGUUUCAUCUGAAACAAAGAAAACAAAUGUAAGAGAAGAUCAAACUGAAAAUAAGAUUUCCCCCAAGGACUUAUUUUCGAGCAUAAAGGAUGUUGAAAAUCUGUUCAUAAAAGCUUCUGAUGCUGGGAAAGAAGUUCCAAGGAUGCUUGAAGCAAAUAAGUUGCAUUUCCGUCCAAUAGUUGCAGCAAAAGAAAAUGAAUCAAUGGUAUCAACAUUCCUCAAGGCUUGUUUCUCUUGUGGGGAAGACCCUAGUCAAGCUCAAGAUGAGCCUGCUCAAAAUUCUGUGAAAUACUUAACUUGGCAUAGGACAACAUCGUCACGAUCAUAUUCAUCCAGGAAUCCUCUUGGACCACAUGCAGGGGAUGACACUGAAGAUCUCAAUGGUAAUAUUUUUGAAAAUUCUUGCAUGAUCUCAGGCAGUCAUGCUUCGACAUUGGAUAGGUUAUAUGCUUGGGAGAAGAAACUUUAUGAUGAAGUAAAGGCUAUUUGGAUGGUCAGAAGAGAGUAUGAUGCCAAGCGCACAAUCCUUAGGCAACUGGAAUCUAAAGGAGAAAACAACAACAAAAAAAUUGAUAAAACUCGUGCUGUUGUUAAGGAUCUACACUCAAGAAUUAGAGUUGCAAUUCAUAGAAUCGAUUCCAUAUCUAAGACGAUUGAGGAAUUGCGGGACAAAGAACUUCAGCCACAACUUGAGGAAUUAAUUGAUGGGCUAAGCCGGAUGUGGCAGGUGAUGUUUGGUUGCCACAAGCUUCAGUUCCACAUUAUAUCAAUAGCAUACAACAAUGGGAGCGCUAAAAUCUCUAUACAGUCAGAGUCACAUCGGCAGAUUACCAUCCUUCUAGAAAAUGAACUUGAUUCUCUGUCAUCAUGUUUUACAAAGUGGAUUGGUGCUCAGAAGUCCUAUCUGCAGGCUAUAAAUGAUUGGCUUUUCAAAUGUGUCUGUCUUCCACAAAAACCUACAAAGAAGAAAAGGAAACAACCAUCCCCUUCAUUAACUUUGAGAAGAAGUGGCCCUCCAAUAUAUGUCACCUGUGGAGUCUGGUUGGAGAAGCUUGAGGACUUGCCUGCAAAGGCAGUUGUGGAGGCUAUAAAGGGUUUGGCAGGAGAAACUGCUAACCUUUUACCCCGCCAAGAAAAAAAUCAAGGGAAGAGUGCAAACCUAGGAAAUGGCAGCGAUUUAGGAAUUAAUUUGUUGAGAGAUGAAGCUUCAGAAGACUGUAUAUCAGGUUUUGAGCGUUUCCGAUUGAGCUUGGAGGGAUUUCUUGGUCAGUUGAAUAACUUUGCAGAGUGUUCUGUGAAAAUGUAUGCAGAGCUCCAUAAGUCCAUCCAGGAUGCUAAGAAUCCCCCCACACAACCUCCAUUCCAACAAGAAGUUGUUUAAUUGAAAAAAGAAUUUGGUUGCAGCGAAAGGUUCAGAAUUUCAUUUGUGCAGCAGUGUUCAAAAUUCUGAUAAAUGAAGAUCUUUGCACAGAGUUCAGUUGGAUGUGGUCAUUUGUACAUGAGGAAAGUAAUAAAAGAGUACGUGGAAGCCAUUUGUGGUACAAAAAUGAAAUAAAGAAGCUGAUAGUAAUUUGUAAGAGUGGGUAUAAAGGGAGGAGGGGUGAGUUUGUAGUUUAAAAAAAUGUUAUCGCCUGUUGCUGAUGGUGAUAAAUAGAGUAAUUUUUCAAUGUAAAAGGACCUGUAUAGUUUUCCUUAGUCGUCACCAAUUUUUCUCAGCAACUAUAAGAACUCAGAUCAAAUUCCACCCCAGUUAAAUAUUUUGAUUAAGCAUUGCAUUUUAAUAUUAACAUUUCCCUGUA